AUGGCUGAGGCAGCAGUCGUCCUGGCGCUGCCGUGUCGGAGACAGCUCUUUUUCCCCGCUCCCCGCUACUUUGUUGUCAGCUUUUGCUGGUAUUCUACAUAUCCCGCAAUUGAUAGUUUUCCCGCUUUGGGAAGUCUUACCCACUCCUCCCCUGAUCCCCACCUCCACCUCCACCUCCACCUUCUCUCCUCCAUAACCGCACUUUUUCAGUCAAUCUCCUGCAAGAGAAUGACGACGAUAGGUCAAUAUUUAAAUUUCUUCACCAAUUGGAUCGGCAUGUUGAGAAUUCAAGGCAGAGAGCCUGAUCUCUUUGAUGGAAAAAAAGUAUCUUUUGGGGAUGCAGAUACAUCUGGCCUUCUUCAAGAUCUGGAGAUCAAGGAGGAUGAACAAACAAAGGAAAAUAAAGAGGAAGAGAUACCACCAUGCCGUGAAGACAACACGGGCAAGGCAAUGGAACUGGAGAAUGCACAUGUUCUUAAAUAUGGACGUGAUGAAUCAGAUCUCCCUAAGAAGGGAAAGAGAUUUUGGUUGAGAAGAAGGAAGCAAGUUGUUCGAAAUGGUAAAAACGCUUGUGAUCCACAAUCAUCCCCAAAUCCUGAUCUCAAUAGGAGGAGAAAUUGGGUAUCCAGCAUGUUGAAACGUAACCAAGUCAUACCAAUAGGAGUUAAUCCAAAUCCACGCCGAGAAAUUAUCCCUGAUCUAAAUAAGAGAAUAUGGAUAACCUCUCGCUUCGGCAGUGUUAAUCAGAUACCACUGGCCUGUGAGAAUGAAGAUCCACACCAAGCCAUUAUCCGUUAUUUAUACGGAAGACCUAUCGAUGAUCGGGAAGAAUUUGUGGCAUAAUUAAUUCUGGCUCGGUGAUUCAUUACUGACUAAUUUAGCUUAAGGACA